GGCUUUUUUAAGGAAAGUGGUGACGUAGGUGGUGUCGACGAGCUUACGCCAGAGGGCGUGUCCAAAGAAGGACAGAAGGGACUCCGUAAUGGGAGACAGUUUUCACGAGCAGCUGUUGGAGGACAGCGUCUUCCUCAGAACUGACCCCAGACUGGACACAGACCUGGUGGACAAACUCAUUCUCCAACUCAACAGAAUCUACCCUCAGGUGCUCACAGACAAGGAGGCCACCAGGUUCCGAAACUUGGAUGUGCCUACUGGUUUUCGCCUGGGUGAGCUCCUGACUCAUCUGCAGGGGAAAGGAGAGGAAGCGUGCAGGGAGUUUUACCGAGCUCUCCACCUGCACGUGGAGGAGGUGUACUACAGCCUGCCCACACGGCUGCGUCUAAGAGAUUCCCUGGAUCCCCUUGCACCUCCAUAUGUCCACCAACAGAAACAUGAUCUGAAUGAAAGAGGUCCCCUCUUCUUUCUGGGCUGUUUCAGUGUGGCCGUCGGAAUGGCUUUACUGUAUUACUACAGUGAAGAUAAAUUGACAAGCGGCAGUCGGGCUCUGGGGACGGCAGCUCUGGGAAAGCCUCAUUGUGUGGACAUGGGUUCCUUCGCACCAUCUAAGAGAAAAAAUAUUUUCCUGUUGGCCUGA